UGUACUGAGAUAGACUGACGUAUGUUUCUGUAAAUUUCUAGAAAACAUUUACUUGUCAACUUGUUUUAUUUGUCAACAACAUCGAAAUAAUCAUUUAUUGAGUAAUUGUGUUUGAUCGUGUUACCAACUUACAUCAAUAUAACAUUCCUCGAGAAAUAACACAUCUAAAUUUCUAAAACAAAUAUGGGAUCACUAAAUAACGCACAUCAAGAGAAUGGAGGUGUUCUUCUUUACUCUGGUGAAUUGAUUCUGUUAUAUUGUGAUUCUGUUAAUUGUGAGAUCAAAACCCGUGGUCAUGCGAAAGGAAGGAUUUACCUGACGACGCAUAGAGUAAUAUUCACAUCUACUCCGUUAAAACAAAAUGCCAAUCUUAAAUCCUUUUCGGCUCCAUUCUUUUCGAUGUUUGAUCUGUCUCUUGAGCAGCCAAUAUUUGGUGCAAAUGCAAUCAAAGGCAAAGUCCGAGGAGAUCCAGAAUUUGGGUUCGAAUUGAAAUUUAAUAAAGGUGGAGCCGUUGAAUUUGGUCAAGCCAUGCGAAAUGCCGCUAAACAGGCUGCUGCUAUGGCUCAGCAAAGCGGAUUUACAGCUCCACCACCUUAUAGUCCUACACCUGCCGCAGCUAGUUAUUACCAAGCUCCGGAUGAUGUUUAUCAACCAAAUUAUCCUGUCGGUUUUGUUCUACCCACUCAAACCUUCCCAGAUGCACCUCCGCCUGGAUUCAUUUACACGUCAGAUGUUCCUCCACCUUACCCAGGUCUCAUAACAGCAACCACUGUAACUGCUUCGGUUCCAGGCGCGGCCGUUCAUCCUAACCCAGCUGAACUCAUGUUUGGUACUUCUUCGGUUACACCAGCAAUUUACCCUACUGCUACAACUCAGUGUGUAAUGUCACCUAUGGAUCCAUUUUCUGCUGCUGGAGGAGCUUAUCCGACUCUAAAUCCAAAUGUUCCUGCUGGACCAGGAUUCAAUGUACCAGGAGUGGAUCAUCCACCUACAUAUGAUGAAGCUACAAAAAAGAAACAAUAGUCAAAAAUAGGACUGAAUAAUUUCUUUUAUCUCAAUUAUUAUCGAUCAAUUUUCAUGUUUUUGUUUUCUGUUAGUAUUUGCUGAAUCAAAUUUAUUCUCGAAAAGGCCUAAACGGAACAAAAUUUUUCCAAUUUUCUCAAUAUAUGCUUGUGAAAGCACUGUUAUUUUCACGUAAUCUUACAAGAUUUACUUUUUUUCUCACCCUUUUGAAAUUAUAUGUAUUUAGCUAUCUGACCACGUCUAAUGUUUGAUCCAAUCAUCAUAAAUAAUGGAAGUUGUCUAAUAUAAUGAUACAUAAUAUAAGUCUUAUGUUACGCUUUGUUUCAUUAAAAAUUGUAAAUUACCCCAUCCUUCGCCCUAUCCUUUUUGGGGUUUUCUCAGCCCAUUCAUUGAAUGGUUCCGAAAGUAAAUAAAAAGAUGAAAUGAAUAAGA